CAACUAUUAGUAGCACAUACAGCAACGAUCCGGCAGUAUUCUAUGGGAUCCCAUCGUAGAUAAUGACAUUUUUGUUUGUUAUAAGCUGAUAAAUAGCUAAACGUUCAUUGUAAAUAAGUUCGGAAACUCGCUACGCUCGCGCGAAACGUACAUAAAUUAAUUUAGCGCUUUUGAUCAAUUUAUUGCUAAUUAUUUGUCGCUUCGGGGCUAACGUGCAAAAAACCGGCAGUGUAUUUGUUUUCGGGCAAAACUACCAAGUUCCCGCUCCUUUCAAAGUGGCCACGGUUGAUUAUCAUAUGAAGUAGCAGUACUUCCAUGUAAUCAACGCCAUGAAAUCCACAUAGAUUUCUUGUUAAUUAACCAUCAUCCUAUCAAUUGAUUGGGUGGAUUGAGCUCCAGCUUUUUAGUGUCUUUGUUCAGUUCAUGUGGUGAUUAUUGGACCAAGUGUGAGUUUUGAGCGCUCAGUGGCGGAUUGUGCUUAGUUUCAACUUUAACAGCUUCGUUCAAGCAACAGUAGCGUACACAGUGCUAAUUAGCAGUAAUUUAUUGAACAAUCAUCAAAAAACCAGCCAGCAAGAAAACUAUAGCUAUAAAUCUUCACAGUGGGAUUGGAGGUGUGACGUCUACGGUCACCUGCCUAAUUACUAUAUCUCCAUUGCUACCAGCCAAUCGGCUAAUUUAUCAAAAAUCCGCACAACCGAGCUGUUAAAGAAGCGAGCAAAAUCCGCCUGCAGUGAAACUUCGACUCAAUGUGCGCGUGUUCGUAGUUCUCCACUAGGUGCAAAAUGAGGGAAAUUUACACGUAUCCAGAGGAUCGGGUGACUGUCCAAGAACGGCUACUGCAAAUGCCGGAACAGUCAACCAACUCGUCCAAGGAGGAAGAGGAAGAAGACAUAAUCUCGAAUGCGAUUGGCGAGUUUGGACGAUGGCAAUUGUUACUUACAUUCAUCUUAUCUCUAGUGAAUAUUCCCUGCACUUGGCAUAUUUUUGUGCCCACUUUUCACGCGCGAGAACGCGAUUAUGUAUGCAUAGACCCGCUGGGAAUCUGCCCCACAUCGGACCCAUGCUGGGUGAACCAACUGUCCAGCAAUGGCAGUUGCCUCGUAGAUAGCAACAGCACUCUUAGGUGCGAAAACUGGGAGUUCAAGGGUAAAGGUUUGACCAUUACCUCAGAGUUCAACUUAAUCUGUGAUAGGAAAACCUUGAUCAACCUGGCCGAGAUGAUGUUUCUGGCCGGGGUGGCAGUGGGCGGCCUCGUCAGCGGGAUCAUCUCCGAUAAAUACGGCAGGAAAAGAACCCUGCUGGCCUCCAUUUUGGUGCAGUGCACUCUAGGCACACUCAUCGCCUUCGCCCCUUGGUACGAGCUCUACGUGGUUCUCAGAUGCAUGCUGGGCUUCUUUUCCGUCUCUGUGGUCUUCAGCGGCUUCGUGCUGGCCAUCGAACUCGUCGGCGGCCACUGGAGGACCAUCACAGGCAUUUCGUAUUUGUUUCCGGUGGCUCUUGGCUACUGCACCAUCUCAGGCAUGGCCUACAUGCUGGACAAUUGGCGGUACCUGCAGUUGGCCGUGUCUUUGCCAGGAACUUUGUUUCUGCUCGCCUGGUUCAUUCUCCCCGAAUCGCCUCGAUGGCUUCUGGCGCUGGGCCGCACGAAAGAGGUGCUCAAGAUCCUGGAAGAUGCGGCCCGGUUCAACAAGAAGGAACUGCCCGCUAAUCUGGACAAAUCGCUGGUUCCGCUGGCCAACUUGGAUCAGCAGGAGAACCAAAACGUCGGCGUCCUGGAUCUGUUCAAAACGGCCGCGAUGAGGCAAAAAACCCUCAUUCUGUGCCUGAUUUGGUUCGGCGUCUACUUGGUGUACUACGGCCUGGUACUCAAUCUCGGCAACCUCGGAGGGGACUUGUACGUGAACUCUGUCUUGAUCGGCAUAGUUGAGGUGCCAGCAGUGGCUCUGAGCAUCCUCAUUCUGAUCAAAGGCGGACGCCGUUGGCCUCUGGCCCUAACUAUGAUUGUUUCGGGCAUUUUCGCCGCUCUGGCCAUUCCAGUCUCCUGGAUAUCAAACGACAUGCAGUGGCUCAUCACCACUUUCAUGAUGACCAGCAAGUUUUGCAUCAGCUCGUCUAAUGCCAUCAUGCCAGUCUACACGGCCGAACUCUACCCGACCAUCAUCCGGAACAUUGGGGUUGGCGCUGCUAACGUGCCAGCAGGAAUCGCUCUGAUGCUGGUUCCAUAUUUGUGGGAAUUGACUGGCUUGCACAAGUCGCUGCCGCUGCUGGUGAUUUCGAUAUUUGGAAUCGUUGGAGGCGCCUCGGUGCUGUUCCUGCCGGAAACUGGCCUCCAACCGUUGCCCGACACUCUCGAUGGAACUCCUGCGGCCAAAGUCAGCGCCUCCCACAAUGGGGAGGUGAAGAAGAUCAACAACAACCAUUGCACGUAGAUAGGAGCACUCGAAUACAGGUCUUCGUUAAAAGAAGAUCUUGCACGACAAUCUCGCGAUACUCAAGCUGGUUUUUCGUUGCAGACGAUCUACUUAACGCUCGCUUGCGUAUUUCGAGCGUCAUUUUUGUAUGUUUUGUACUUAAGGUCGGAUUAACUUGGGGCAGGGCCCGGGGCUACGAUCCCUGCAGCGGCCGCAAUAUAGAUCUUACCGAGGCUCGGGGCUAAAGCCCCCGUAGCGCCCCCCUAGAUCGAGCGCUGUAGCUACGCAUUUAAGGGAGCAAAUUGUUUGUGUUACACGUACGCGAACUAGUUCUUAGAGUAUUUUUGUGUAAAUUGUAAAAAUGUAUUUUAUUUAUUUUUUAUAUAUUUGUUAAAGGUAAGAAAUAAACAGUAGUUGAAAUGUU